AUGAGGAGUUCUUUAAUCAGGUGGACCAAAACAGCAGGAAGUGCCUCUGACAGAUUUCAAGACUCGAGUGUCUUCAAUGAAACUCUGAGGAUAACCAAUAUCCAGCGACAUCAAGGAGGCCGCUACUACUGUAAGGCCGAAAAUGGCUUGGGUUCGCCAGCUAUAAAGUCCAUAAGAGUGGACGUGUACUAUUUGGAUGAUCCAAUAGUAACGGUUCACCAGAGCAUCGGGGAAGCAAAAGAGCAGUUUUACUAUGAGAGGACGGUGUUUCUCAGGUGUGUCGCCAACUCCAACCCGCCCGUUCGGUACAGCUGGAGACGCGGCCAGGAGGUAUUGCUGCAAGGCUCGGAUAAAGGAGUUGAGAUCUACGAGCCCUUCUUUACCCAGGGGGAAACGAAGAUCCUGAAACUGAAAAAUCUUCGACCUCAGGACUAUGCGAAUUACAGCUGCAUCGCUUCGGUGAGGAAUGUCUGCAGCAUCCCGGACAAGAUGGUGUCUUUCCGGCUCUCUAAUAAAACAGCAUCACCUUCAAUUAAGCUUCUUGUGGAUGACCCGAUAGUGGUGAACCCUGGGGAAGCGAUCACCUUAGUGUGUGUGACGACAGGAGGGGAGCCAGGCCCUAGUCUGACGUGGGUGAGGUCCAUUGGCGUCCUGCCUGAGAAGACAGUCCUGAACGGUGGGACUUUAACGAUACCUGCCAUCACAUCAGAAGACGCUGGCACAUACAGUUGCAUCGCCAAUAACAAUGUGGGAAAUCCUGCGAAAAAGUCCACCAACAUUAUUGUAAGAGCCUUAAAAAAAGGACGCUUUUGGAUCACUCCUGACCCAUACCACAAAGAUGACAAUAUCCAGAUUGGGCGUGAGGUGAAAAUCUCCUGCCAGGUGGAAGCUGUCCCUUCUGAAGAGCUUACGUUCAGUUGGUUUAAAAAUGGACGUCCCUUGCGAAGCUCCGAAAGGAUGGUCAUCACGCAGACUGACCCUGAUGUUUCCCCUGGCACCACAAACCUGGACAUCAUUGAUCUGAAAUUCACUGACUUUGGGACAUACACGUGUGUUGCAUCUCUGAAAGGAGGUGGUAUAUCUGAUAUCAGCAUUGAUGUUAACAUCUCCAGCAGCACAGUUCCACCCAAUUUGACUGUUCCUCAGGAAAAGUCGCCGCUGGUCACCCGGGAGGGAGACACAAUCGAGCUGCAGUGCCAGGUGACGGGGAAGCCCAAGCCCAUCAUUCUGUGGUCGCGCGCCGACAAGGACGUUGCGAUGCCGGACGGCACGAUGCAGACGGAGAGCUACGACGGGAUCCUGAGGAUAGUGAACGUGUCCAGGGAGAUGACGGGAACGUACAGGUGCCAGACCAGCCAGUACAAUGGUUUUAAUGUGAAGCCCAGAGAAGCUUUGGUGCAGCUCAUUGUACAGUACCCCCCGGCCGUGGAGCCGACCUUCCUGGAGAUCAGGCAGGGCCAAGGCCGAAGCAUCACCAUGAGCUGCCGGGUCCUGAGAGCGUAUCCCACCCGGGUGCUGACCUACGAGUGGCGCCUGGGCAACAAGUUGCUGCGGAUGGGCCAGUUUGACAUGCAGGAUUCGACGGAGUACACCGUGAGCAGCCUCUCCCGGGACAGCUACGGCAUUUACAACUGCAACAUCAUCAACGAAGCGGGGGCCGGCCGGUGCAGCUUCCUGGUGACAGGCAAGGCGUACGCUCCGGAGUUUUACUACGACACUUACAACCCGCUGUGGCAGAACAGGCCCCGCGUCUACUCCUACAGCCUCCAGUGGACCCAGAUGAACCCCGACGCCGUGGACCGCAUCCUGGCGUACCGCUUAGGGAUUCGGCAGGCUGGACAACAGCGCUGGUGGGAGCAGGAGAUUACAGUGAACGGAAACAUUCAAAAGGGAGAACUGAUCACCUACAACCUCACCGAGCUCAUCAAGCCCGAGGCCUACGAAGUCCGCCUGACGCCCAUCACCCGCUUCGGGGAAGGGGACUCAACUAUCCGCGUCAUAAAAUACACUGCUCCAGUAAACCCGCACCUACGAGAGUUCCACUGUGGGUUUGAGGACGGUAACAUUUGCCUGUUCACUCAAGAUGAUACGGACAAUUUUGACUGGACAAAACAAAGCACUGCCACUAGAGACACAAAAUACACGCCGAACACUGGGCCCAACGCAGACCGCACUGGCUCCAAGGAAGGUUUCUACAUGUACAUUGAAACGUCACGCCCCAGGCUGGAAGGAGAAAAGGCCAGACUUGUUAGUCCUGUUUUCAGUGUCGCUCCAAAAAAUCCUUACGGAGCUACGAACACAGCCUAUUGUUUUAGCUUCUACUAUCACAUGUAUGGACAGCACAUAGGAAGCUUGAAUGUGUACCUGCGGUUAAAAGGUCAGACCACAAUAGAAAAUCCAUUAUGGUCUUCAAGUGGAAAUAAGGGGCAACACUGGAAUCAAGCCCGGGUUAAUAUAAACCCCCCAACUUCAUUUCAGCUCAUAUUUGAAGGGAUCCGUGGUCCCGGCAUAGAAGGCGAUAUUGCUAUUGAUGACGUAUCAAUCGUGGAAGGAGAGUGUAUGAAAUCAGACCAACCGGCCAACAAUUUACGAUCAGGUGCUGUUGGGACAGUAGUGCAUAUACGGCUUAUCCCAGUUGUCCUCCUCAUGUCUGUCUUAAGUCAUCAAAGGUGACCUUAUCCUGGCAGAGGCUACAACAGAUUCACCAGGCACUGGCACGAAGAAAGAGUCUUUGUAAAAUGGACAUUUAAAAACAAACUACCAAAGAUUCCUCCACUGACUGACUGAAAUGUUAAAUAAAUAAAUAAAUAAAUAAAUAAAUAAUAAAAAAGCACUGGGGACGUAAAAGGCAUCACGGGAGUGUAACUCACUAUGAACCACACGUGAGAACGGUAUCUGGCCUAAGGGAGGAAGAGACCUUCAGGUGCUUUUGUGGUCAAUAACGAAUACAGCAUCAUCUGGUUGAACUCUCGGAAAAGAGCUAUAGAAACCCUUGUCAAAGCAGAAAGUCAUGGCUGGUUUUGUUUCAAAUGAAUAGUUUGCUUGUUACCAUGGAAACCUAAUGGCCUGCCAAAAAAACAAAAAACAGAAAAAAAAAAAAAAGAAGGAGAGAGAGAGAGAAAAUUUAAAAAAAGCGAGCGAGCGAGAGCGAGAGAGCAACAGCUCACUGUAAACAGGGUAUGUGAAGAGCUGGCAUUCAUUUUCCCUUUGAGAAGGUUUUUAGUGUAGAGAUAAAUACACGUAGGCCCUUUCACCUUUGGCUGUCACCUCCCCUAGAGAAUAACCCUAAAUCAGAGCUGUUUUAAGACAUUUAUGUUUCAUUUCUCAUGGCUGUGCUUGAUAACUGUAUGCCGUCUCCUUUUGCAUGCAUUACUAUCCAGGAUCCGCGCCCUGGGCUUACAUAUUACACAGGCUUAUCGGAGUUUGCUUGCGGCCACCCGAACACCCCUCUCCCCUCCCCAACUAAGUCAUCUGUUCUAAUGACGUGAAGAAACCAAACCACCGUCUUUUAUAGAUUGCCAUGGAAACCAAGUGCCUUCAAUGAAACAAGCCUGAUUAAAAAUAAAAAAAAAAUAAAAAAAAAAACAAAAAAGGAGAGAUAAUAAUAACAAUUUCAACACAGAAGCUUGCACUGCUAAAAUGUGGUUUGUGUAAACUCUUUUCUAAACAAACUACGGAGCCUAAGCGUGCAGACUGCAGGCGAGAAAACAGAGCCGCUUCUGGAGCUGGACGGACCUAAGUCGCUGCGUAAGCCCUUGCGGAUGAGGUAUUUGUUGUUUCACCUUCCAGACAGCCAUGGCCUUUCAGCUUAUGAUCCAUUAGACAGUAGCUCCCGUUGGGCCUGAAAAUGGGAGCAGCACUGGGUUUUUUUGGGUUUUUUUUUUUUUCCCUUUUUCCAGGUUAUCAGGUGGGUCAACCAGAGGAAAAGGUGGUUAAGAUACACUUAGCGCAGAAGGUGGUAAAACACAGAAGUGAUUUUCUUGCUCUAACCUCCACCUGCACUGAGCUUGGCCCCAGCUUCAGCGAGACGAGAAGGUGUGUGCGUGUGUGACGGCAGUGUAUGUUAAAACACGAAAAGCGAAAUGAAACGCAGAUCUCUGUGGCAAAAGAGGGCCUGCAAAGCUGGCGUUAGGGAGGCGCUGAGGGUGCGGCGCCUCUGCCCUGCAGCCAGACUCUGGGCGGAGCGUGAAAGGUUAUCUUAUUAUUUUAGCAAAAUCUUAAAAAAAAAACAAAAAAACACUUUUACAAGAAAAUCAAACGUGUACAAAUGAUUUUGAGCUACCUGAACACAUACCAUACCUUGAACCAGCCAGUUUUCCAAUGCAUUGUAAAGUUCCCUGACAGUUGGUUAUGACAAUUUGAAGACCUUUUUCCUUAAAUUAUCUCAGCUUUUAACUUCAUUUAAAAAAGACUUUUGU